GGCAUUUGAGCAGGCUCAGUCGCACAGAGCAAGAAAAGUCCAGAGAUCGGAGAAUUUCAGGCGCUCAUUCUUACGAAUCCUCCUCCCCACGCCCGGGGACGUCAUCCUCGCCCGCAGAAACAGAAACUUAACUUCACACCGUCCGUGUCUUCCUGCUCCGUGGCUUCUUCUCCGCAAAGCAGGAGAGCGAUCGAUCCCCGACUCGGAGCGCCGCCAGGAUCCGGCCAAUCGACGCAGGGAUGGAAGAUGAAUUCGAGUUUCUGUUGUGUGAGAACUGCAAGCAAGAAGGCAACAACCCCAAACUCCUGGCCUGCCUUCACACUGUCUGCGCUCAAUGCCUCGAAGAGAAGAAGCCCAUCGGCCAAUGUCCGGUCUGCAUGAUUCCCAUCCAGCGGGCCGGCAGGGAUCCCUUCCAGGACAACCUGCUCUUUGCAAACCUGCAGGCCAAACUGGUCACCUACCGGAAGAUUACCACUGGCAAUGACUUAGUGUGUGAUCGCUGCAAAGCUGAGGCAGGAUUUUGGUGCUCUGAGUGCGAGGAGUUCCUGUGCACGAAAUGCUAUGAUGCCCACCAGUGGUAUUUAAAGCAGAAGAGCCACGAAGCCCAACGCCUGGUGGAUCUGCAGAGCGAUUCAGCCAGCAAGUUCCUGGAGGCGGCCAGGAAGUCCAACAACCUCUUUUGUUCCAACCCCACCCACAACAACCAUGGCCCGGAGAUCAGCAUCUAUUGCCGCGGGUGCUGUAAACCUCUGUGUUGCUCCUGUGCCUUGCUCGAUAAUGAACAUUCCAGGCUCUACUGCGAUAUCCGGGUGGAAAUUGAGCACCGGAAGGAGGAGCUGGGGAAACUGAAUGCUGAGCUCAUGGAGAAGAAGAAGGGCUACGAGAAGGCCCACCACUCAUGCCAGGAGAGAAAGCAACAGAUGGAGAAGGUGCGCGACGAAACCAGAGCGCUGAUCAAGCGGAAAGUGGAAGAGAUGGUCCAGUACAUCCAGCAGAAAGAGGAGGAGUUCUUGGGGGAAGUGGACAAGCAGCUCCAGCAGCAGAAGAAGGAUGUGGAUGGAGAGCAGGAGAACCUGCAGUGCGUCAUCAAGCGGCUGGAGUCCAGUGAGCGGUUGGUGGAGAAGAUGCAUCUCUUUGCAUCGGACCAAGAGGUGAUGGACAUGCAUCCCUUCAUCAAGGAGUCCCUGGAAGAGCUCAGAAAAGAGAGACCGCCCAUGACAGGUGCCCAGGUCCCGAUGGGGAACUUCUCAAAGGUCAAAGACCAGCUGCAAGUUCUGUUUAAAAGAGUGAUGGAACAGAAAGAUGGAAUGUGCUGUCCACCGUCUGUUGCUGGCCUGGCCCCUCCAGUGGGCAAUUCGGCAGUUGGCCAUGCUGAGACACAUCGGCCAGGGGCUCAGGGGACAUCAACAUCUCUGCCCAUGUACACCCUCAUGGUUGGAAAGACGCCCCAAGGAUUUGUCCCUUCAAUUAUCUCUCCAGUGAAGCGUCCACUGAGCCAGGCUGUAAAGUCCAUACAGACCUUUUCUAAACUUAUGAAGCUUGAAGACCAUGACUGUGAUGGUGGGGAAACCUCCAGCAGACACACCCAGAAUGUCAGAGCAAGCUCUCCCAAUCCUGGUACCCACAGAUUAACCCCACAGAGAGAGCAGAGAGGAACUGCUAACUCAGUCGAGCUCCUGGAGAAUUCGCCGCCUGAGAUCUGUGAAUCCGAAGUAGCCAGCAUUGUGAUCAGCAGUUCCGAGGAGACGGAUGACGACCCUGUGUGACUCUCUGCCAUUUCCAGCAGCUACACCCAUGGGCUGAACACGUGUCGGCAGCAGUAGGAAGGAGACAUCUUUUCCGAAUCGAGGCUUCAGAGCUUUCAUUCCGUGCCUCUUCCAACUACUGCUUUGCUUACCGACAUGGCUGCAUCUCAUAGCACCUCUGCGGUUGCCUUCCUGCUUGCAGUUUCUCUGCUCAGAGAUCAGCUUCCCAGCUCCUUCUUUGCAAACAUUGAUGCCGAAAGACUUCUGGACUUGCUUUGAACCCCUCUGUGUACAAGAGUGCAUUAAGCUAUGGCUAGUGCCUGUCUGUUCUUCACUACUGGCUGUGCAGUGCGAGUGCCGUUAGGUGAUGGUGCUUCACUGCCUCAUGGGUACUGGGCAAUCCCCAAGUGCAGCAGCGCCCAUCGCGAAUGCAUCAAAUAUGUAAAGGUGACUGAUUUUAGUUGACUGUUUUGGCUUCUGCCUUCAUCAGCAACAAAUGGAUUUCCCCAAAAGAUUGUGUGAGCAAGGUGGCAGGUAAAAAUGCUGUGUUGACAAAGUUCCAGGGCAGGUGACAAGGGGAAUGAAACACACAGACACACACACCUGUUUCUUUAGUCCUGCAAUCCAGCUCUAGAGACAGCCUUCUCUUUUUCCUGUUCGAAGGCCUAUGCUUUUCUUAUUUAUGCCUUUAACUCUCUUGACUUUUGUACCCUCAUUAUUCUCUCAAUUAAAAAAAAAAGCUUAUUUCUUGCUCCUCA